UCGAGAGUUUAAGGUAAAGUUGUGGUCAACUCCGAUUUAACGAUGGCGAUAAGAUUCCUUGUACUGAUCACUGCUACUGUUCUUGCGUUCAGCAAGCUCGCCAAUGCAGGUCCGUCAUACAACUACUACGAUGAGAUAGCGCAGGCCACCUGUACGGCUAUGAACACUAGGGCAGGCUGGGUGUUUGCUGUGAGGAGAAAAUGUAAUAGUUGGACCCUCCCUUGCCAGUAUAUCUGUUCUUCACCGAGUCUCGCAGCCCAGGAUCCAAGUGUAAGCAGCAGAGGGUUGGAGUGCUUCAACUCCCUUCAUGUCUACCAAGAUCGACCUGUUCUUCCAUCUGACAUCCAAUCAGGAACUAAUAUGCUGGGACUGGAAGUUUACCGCUACCAGUCGUGUUAUUCCGGCUCCUGUGGACCGAACUAUUGCUGCUGUCGUUCUAAAUAGAUAUAAAUGACCUUUGACAAUAUACAUGGUGUCCCCGAUGUGUGGGCAUUUAGACUUAAUGCAUGUUUACAUAGAGAACUUGAACAACAUUUCCUGUUAUUGAAUUAUUAAUUAACACACCUCAUUUUCGACUUAUCUGACAAUGACUUUGAUAAGCAAAGAGAAUUUUAGCCGUGAGCAGAUGUGUUGCUGUCGUUUUUUACAAUAGAUCUAGACGAAAAAUUGACUUUUUGAAAUAAAGAGCUUGAUUGUUUCAGA